CUCCAUAAGAAUCAUCCGAGAUACAAAAGAAAAAGAACAAAACAUUCACAAUCUUGAAGUAAUUACAAUGGCGUCAGAGCAAGCAAGAAGAGAGAACGUGGUGAAGGAGAGGGAAGUUAAAGUGGAGAAAGACAGAGUCCCGAAGAUGACGAGUCAUUUCGAGUCAAUGGCCGAGAAAGGCAAAGACUCCGACACACAGAAGCAGCAGCAGCAGGAGACAACAACACACUUUGUGUCGCUCUCGGACAAAGGAAGAAACGAAGGAGAGGGCGAGACCAAGAUGAAGAGGACUCAGAUGCCUCAAACCGUUGGGAAGUUCGUUGUGCAUAGUGGUGAGAAAGAAGGGACGGGGAAGAAGGAGGAGCAAGAGAGGGCGUCGUCACUAGAGGAUGUUCAAGGGUUUAGAGCUAAUGCUCAGCAGAAGUCGAUGGAUACGGUAAGAGCAGCAGAGGAGAGGUACAACAAGGCUAAGGAGAGUUUGAGCCAUGGUGGACAAGGAGGACAAGUAGUGGAGGGAAGAGGUCGGGAGAGUGGUGUCCAUGUUACUCACUUUGGGACAGAGAAAGGAGGAAACUUGCAAGGCACGGCAAGUGAGAAGACUCAAAGAGCUUCUGAUUACGCUAGGGAGAAGGCAAGGGAAGCUGGACACGUGGGGGCUCUGAAAGGGCAAGAGGCUAAAGAACAAGCUGCAAGAGCUAAAAACACUGCGGCUGAGAAAGCACAAAGAGCUUCUCAGUAUGCAACUGAGAAAGCAAAAGAAACAGCAAACAUGACAGCUGAACAGGCUGCAAGAGCUAAAGACACGGCGGCAGAGAAGGCUAAGUAUGCAGCUGAGAAAGGAAGAGAAACGGGCAACACAGCGGCUGAACAAGCUGCAAGAGCCAAAGACAUAGCUCUACAGAAAGCUGUUGAAGCCAAGGACAUUGCGGCCGAGAAAGCUCAGAGAGCUUCUCAGUAUGUGUCUGAGACGGGAAGCACAGCAGCUGAAAAGGCUGCAAGAGCAAAAGACUUUGCUCUUCAGAAAGCUAUUGAAGCUAAGGACGUUGCGGCUGAGAAAGCUCAGAGAGCUUCUCAGUAUGUAACCGAGAAAGGGAAGGACACUGGGAACGUUGCUGCUCAGAAAGGACAAGAAGCCAAAGAACAGACGGUUUCAGUGACGACAAAAGCCAAAGACUAUACAGUUCAGAAGGCUGGUGAAGCGGUGGAAAUGAGUAAAGAAGCGGCAGAGUAUGCAAAGGAGACGGCGGUGGAAGGAGGCAAAGGAGCUGCACAUUACGCUGGAGUGGCGGCUGAGAAAGCGGCUGCGGUUGGGUGGACUGCAGCGUAUUUCACAACGGAGAAAGUGGUGCAAGGGACCAAAGCGGUUGCGGGUACUGUGGAACAGGCGGUUGGUUACACAGGUCAUAAGGCGGCAGAGGUGGGUUCCAAGGCGGUGGACUUGACUAAGGAGAAAGCUGCAGUAGCUGCUGAUACUGUGGUUGGGUACACAGCUAGGAAGAAAGAGGAAGCUCAACACAAAAACCAACAACAGCACCAGGGAGGUGAGGAAGAGAAGGGACCAGGUUAUGUCACGGAACCAAGGAGAGGGUUUGAGGAGGAGUACAGAGGGAGUACCGAGGAAGAUGUCUUUGGGUAUGGAACAAAAGGGAUCUCCGGAGAAGGGAGGAGAGACACCAGGGAGGAGUACGGAAGAGGAAGGGAGAGUGAGGAAGAUGUGUUCGGAUAUGGAACACAAGGAGGAGUCACCAGAGAUGUUGGAGAGGAGGAGCUAUACGAAGGAGGAGGGAGGAGAAACGAGAGAUAUGUUGAAGAGGGAGGAGUGCUUGGGGCUAUUGGCGAGACUAUAGCUGAAAUUGCAAAGAACACUAAGAACAUAGUUAUUGGUGAUACUCCUCCUGAGAGGACACAUGAGGGUGGAACUACUGGUUAUAUGGGACAGGAACAUGGACGUCGUUGAUAAGUAAAAAGGGAAACAUGUUCUGUUUUGUGUUUUUGCUUCUGUCUAAAAAGGGUUUUUGUAUGUAAAUAAACAAGAAGCUCUGUUUCUGUUAAAAAACCCUUCAAAGUAUGUAAUGGUUUGGUGAACCAAUCUCAUCUCUACUAAUC